GGGGGUUUGUUAAUGUAGGGACACCCCUUGCGCAAAUACACGCUACUUUGUUGCUGCUCUCCAAGUCUCCCGGUCUCGGGGACUGCCCUGUUGUUGCUUCAAAAAAAUUUGGAAGGCAGGGGUAAAGAAAAUGCUCCCGCGUUCGCAGAUUUCUCUCUGCAAACUUUUGUUGAGACACCCUUUUGCAAGUUUCGCAACACCCGCGUCUUCAUUUUUCUGCAAAUCUCUUGCAUCGGUGUCAAGACCCACCUUGAAAUUCCUCCAUUUUCCUCCCCAAACCCGCCCAAACCCUGCGACACAGUUCAGACCUCGUGCAACUCUGAGAUUAUACUCUAGUGUCGACACGAACAAGGAAGUAGACGCGAUUAACCUCAAGUUCGCUGAAGCCAGAGAAGAGAUAGAGAUGGCUUUGGAGUCCAAAGAGACCGUGUAUUUUGAUGAGGAGGCCGAGUGUGCUCGUGCUGUGGUUAAGGAAGUCCUAGAGAUGUUCGACGGGUUGUUAGCGAAGUUGCCCGAUGGCGAAAAGGCGGCGUUGCAGAGGUCAAUGGGGCUUAAGAUCGAGCAAUUGAAGGCUGAGCUUCAACAGCUCAAUGAUUGAUGAGGAUUGUUGGUAUGGCUGGCAUAGGUGAGUCACUAUUGCUGGUCUCCUUUUGUGGCCUGUGUACUUUCCUUACUUCAAUAUCUCUGAGUGCCAUUGCAACUAAUGGUGCUAUGAAGGUACCACAAAUAUGUAUAUAUAUUUUAAUUCAUUAAAGCAAUAUUAUUGUUUUUCCCCAAUUCUAGUAGGACAAUUGCUGUUAAAAGUUUCCUCUAGAAAUUCUUUUAGCAACAAUUUUUGGUAUGUACUACAUUGAUAUUAUGUGGUGUUUGGAAAAAUAGGGGUAAUGCAGGCAAUAGAUAUUCAGGUUUAGGAUUUGGAUUCUUAAGGAAUCUAUUCUCCUAUAUCUUUCCUUGAA